AUGUUUUUUGCAGGUCGUUGCGAUCAUGGCAGCCCUUGCGAACAAAUCUGUCAGGAUCUACAUGAUGGAAUGUUUGAAUGCGACUGUAAAGAAGGAUUUGUUCUACAUCGUAAUGGAUACGGCUGUCUCGAAAUGAACAGCACGUUGGAGGCGGCCUCCGAGACCGGCAACGAUGUCACGGGCGAGGGCGACGGUGACGUGGACGGCGCGGGCGACGCCGCCGUCGACGGCCCGGGCGACGCCGAGGAAGACAUCCUCUACCAGAAAGACGCCUCGUUCUCCGCCGAGCUGGACGUGGGUUCGCCGGGCCUGGACACCAACUCCGUGCAGCUGGGCGAAGCGCCGGGCGGCGACGCGGGGCGGUUGGGGGGCGGGGCGGGGGGGGGCGGCGGUGAACCAUGCUCGGUAGGACGAGCGCGCGGGCCGCGCGUUGCAGGUUCGUCAAACACAGCAGGAGCCCGAACCUUCGCGCCAAGAAGGUGCCGGGGCGGCGGCGGCUCCGGCGACCCGCGCCGCCCACCACAGAGAGCUGGAGGCUCCGUGCGGCGCCUCGCAAAUGCCGUGCGCCCUGGACUGCGGCGCUGGCGGCGCGUGCGUCAUGGAGCCCGCCGAGGGCGCCCCGCCCAGCGCCGUGGUGGCGCCCAGGUGCCAGUGCCCGCUGGGGCGCGGCGGCGACCGCUGCGACUCGGGUUUUGGUUUUCUUGGGAUUUCAUCCAGCUGAUGCUGGAAGACAAAUAUCCAGGCCGAAAAUCGACACCGCGGCUCUUCGAACAGAGGGGUUGA